UGAUGGAGAGAAAAAAGUUCGUCUCCGCUUUCAAAAUCAAUGGAGUUCCCAUUCUGCCUCCUUUGAUUAAUGAUGAAGUGCGUGCAAUGAUUAACGAUAGCCGGCAAAAGGCGAUAGAGGUCGAACGUAGAAUUUUACAAAAGCGAAGGGAAGCGGCUGCCGCUGCCGCAGCCGUUGCUACUGGAAACGAUCUACAGGAUGUGAAAGCGGAAGUAGCGGAAACUUCGCUCGACAGCGAGGACAAAGAUGAUGAUGAUGAUCCUUUGAAAAAGCCGGAGAAUAACAAUGAGGACCUACCUCCUGAAAUUGUUAUCAAUCCUACAAUCAAUGACCACGUCGAUUGUGAUCAAUCUGAACAAACACCACCAGCAGGAUCACCAUCCGUUGAUGAAGCGCCAACGAUCAAUUGUGAGGCACCACCCGAAGUGAUCGCCGAAGAAUCGCAUAGAGAAGAUUCUGUGGAGCCCGAAAUCGAUCAGCUCAAUUCAAGUGAUACCGUAACGGAAGGAAACAAUGAGCCGUGCGAUCCGGAGCCUAUCCGCAGGCUAUGCUUAACGCGUACCGUCACCCCGACGCUGGAUGAGAUGCUUCCAGCCGCAGAAGACAACCAGCCGCAGAAGACCUUAGUCCGAUGCAACACGUUCGAUCUCCAGAAACCCAGCUUCGAUUUGAAAAUGCUGCAGAACAUGCAACACUCUACGCCCGUUGAUCGGUCCAAGAGUUUAGGCGGCCUUGAUGCGGGCAAGAUGCAGCUGGCGGAGCAAAUGAAAAAAGUAGCUCUUAAUGAACGCUUUUCCCUUAAUCCGGUAAAGGGUAAGAAUGUCACAAAAGCUUGUGAAUCCACUCCUACACUGUGUCCCAAACCAAUGGAGUCAUCACUGCCUGGUGCUGCAGCAGCGCCAAUGAGUAAUCUUAAGCCAAAAGCAGUAGAGUCUGUUCCGUUGAAAAAGGUUUCGAAAGGGAAAUCCAAAUCCCGUUCUGGCCGGAGCAGCAGCAAUUGCUCCACCUCGUCCACGUUCACCGUCAAUCUGAGCGCGGAAAGCAUUUCCAACGUGCUAUCGGAGCACGAGAAACGCAUGAAGGAACUGAUGAAGCGCCAGGAAGAGGAACGUAUGCUGCUGGAGAGAAAAUUUCGCGAACAAACCGAAGAACUAGUGGCGCUCUGUGCCAAAUCCACGAUCGAUGGAAACCCAGCGGUUUCGGUGGAAUCCAACGGUCCAGCUGGUUUAAAAACAAGCUCCACCGUGAGCAUGCUAUCACUCUGCGAUAUAUCGUUCGAUUCGUGCCCCGAUACGGAUACAGACGCAGCGUAUCUUACGUGCAACAACAACGGCACAUCGGACGAGUUGUUGAGCGGUGUCGAUGGACCGACUGCAACCACCAUCGACACAAACGGUAAUGGUGGUAGCCACGGACUCCCGUUACAAGAUUCCCAACAGAAAGUGCAGCAUGCCGCUACCAUCAUCACUGCCUAUGCAAGAGGAUACUUAACGCGUCGUCUGUUUCAAACCAGCGAAGUGCAGAGCAUCAAACAAACGAUCGUCGAUAUACUAACGUUUAUUGUAAGUUCACGCAACGGCCAGGGAGACGAUCUCGAUGCGUCCCUGCGGCGGAACGCCUUCAAACACAUUGCCUUCUGUCUCGAUCGUCUGCACGACGUGUUCGUUAACUAUACACCGCAGCAGCGAAUGCAGAUGAUCCGGCGCGACCGUUAUCUUAAGCGGAAGGAAGCCACGCGUCCACGGACAAAUUAAAACCUAAUGAACAUUGAACACCGCCGCUC